UAUUAUUGUUUAAAAUAAUAAAACUUAUUCGAACUUCAAGUGAAAAUAAUAUCUUUUCAUCAAUAAUUUUAAAUAUAUUUAAAAAGAAAAAUAUGAAUGAAGAAUUUCUCAAAUGCCGAUUAGGGUUUAUAGGCAAUUCCGAUGGAUCGGCAUAUGUGUCUCAAUGUAAAACUACAGUGGCUGUGUCAGUUGUUGGACCAUUCGAACCCAAGUCUAGCAAAUGCUUAUAUGAUCGUGGUACCGUGGAUGUAACUUUUAGGAGAAAAACUGGCAGUAUUACUGUUCAUGAUAAAAUGUUGGAAGGAAUCAUGCAAUCAACAUGUGAAGAAGCUUUGAUUGUUGAACAAUAUCCAAGGACAUCAAUCGCUGUUACAGUCCAAGAAAUGCAAGACAGAGGAAAUUUACUAGCGACUUGUUUGAAUGCUUCUUGCUUGGCAUUAAUGGACUCUGGUAUUAGUAUGCACCAUUUGUUUGCAGCAAUCAGUUGUGCAAUCACCGAUUCGGAAGAAAUUAUUCUCAAUCCAGAUGAAUUACAAAUAAAUUCAUCAGUUGCUUAUUUUACUUUAGUGUUUUCUUCUUCUGAAUCCAGACAGUUAUUAACAUCACACACUACUGGAAAAUUUUCACAUUCAAUAUAUUUACAAUGUAUGGACAAAUGCUUUGCAGCUACUAGAGAAGUAUUCAGUUUUUAUGAAAAUAUGAUUAAAAAACAACUAAUUUAUUGUUAAAAUAUCAUUCUAAUAAAUAUAUACAUGUACAA